UCUAACUUUCCUUAUAUUUAUGCACUGAACUGCUGAAAUCCAAAAGCUGUCUUAAAAUACGAACCAUUGCAUCGUCUGCUUAACCAACAACAUGGAUAGAAAAGAAGACACUGGAGCAUCAGGUUCUGGAUCUUUUUCACAGAGCCAAGAUCGUAGCAGUGUUGACCUAGAAGUUAGCAAUCACGAUUUUUUUGUGGCAGGUUCAAGUUCUACUACAUUAUUGAAAACAGAUCAAAGUACAAAUGUGGAAAUUAAAGAUUCAAAUAUUCACAUUAUUGGAGGCAAGUCAAUGCUAACUGAGGGAGAAGGAGCUACUACAAUCAUACGUGACAGCGUUAUCAAGAUUGAAUGGAGAACACAUAAUGAUUCAUCUCCUUCACUUCCAGCAUUGACUGAAACACCACUUCAGGCACUGUCAAAUGCAAAAUUUGAUCCUGUGUAUGAAGGAAAUUCAUCAUCGCCAGAUGCAGCCCCUCCACAUCCUUCCCCAUCAUUUGUCGCAACUGGAACACCGGUUCAACCAUUGCCAGAUACAGCAAUUGCUCCUGUGUAUAAAGCAAAUUCACCAGGCUUCUUCCAGCAAGUUACUAAGAAACUAUUUGGAGGCGUGAGAAGAUUCAUUGAUUAUUUCAAUUGGAGAACAUGGAAGCAAACAACAGUCAAUGUCACAGAAAGCUACAAAGAUCAAAACUUGGAAGAGCCUGAAUUUGAGGUCAAUCCCAAGUUAAACAAAGUGACUGGUUUUUACAGAGGCCAGAUGGCACCUGAUGUCACAGAGUACAGAAAGGAACAAGAGUUCGCUGUCACAGAAGCGAAUGAAAAUAUUGUCGAAGUGAUCUCACCAAAUGAACUAGUCCAACAGCUGUGUGAGGAAGGUUGCCGAUGCGUAGGACUAGUGGGUCAAGCUGGAGGGGGCAAGACGACAAUGAUGAAGCGUACUGCACGAGGCGUUCUCGUCGCUAAUGAACUGGAUAACGAAUCUAAAGCAAAACUGGGAUUGUUUGCUCGGUUGUUCAGGAAACAGAAAAAUGGAUUCAAAUUUGUUCAUCACUUGAAUUUCAGAGACCUUCUUGUUUCGUUUGGUUUAACACCAGAAGAAGCUUUAACUCCAUGUACUCUGCUUUUCGGAAACUUUGCACCUAAUCUAUCAGAUCAAACUUUAAAAAGGGAUAUAAAUGGCUUCAGCAACACCAAUCAGAAGCAAUUUUCUUCAUUGAUGGCCUGGAUCAGGCUACAUGGAAUCUAGAGGGAAAUUACAAUAAGAU